AUGCAGGGACUCUCCCAGACCAUGGCUUCUCGAAGAGUUUUAUGGGUCAUGAUGUUCUUCUGUGUGGUCAGAAUGUCCAGUGCCAAGGUCCGGCUUGUAAACAACGGUUAUGAGGGAGUUAUUAUCGCCAUCAAUCCGAACAUCAAAGAGAACACCGCCAUCCUCCGCCGUCUGGAGAUAUUUCUGACCGCCACGUCAGCAACAUUGUUCAAGGCCACCAAGAACCAGCUGUAUUUCCGUGAGUUUAUCGUCUUUGUGCCAGAGUCUUGGAAGUCCAGGCAACACUACGAGAACUCGCUGGACGUGGAACUGGACAGGGCACAGAUUAUAGUCGACAGGUCUAACCCAGGCUACGGAGACGCGCCCUAUGUCAAGCAGUAUGCCGAGUGUGGAUCACCGGGUCUGUACAUCCACUUGACUCCUGGAUACCUUCUGGAUGACGCGGUGAUUCAAAAGUGGGGUCGACCAGAGAAAACCCUGGUGCACGAAUGGGCUCACUUGAGGUGGGGUCUGUUCGACGAGUACCCAAUCGACGCUCAAGACGACGCCUUUUACAGAUACGCAGGACUGUGGCAACCAACCAGGUGUUCUACUGAAGUGGACGGUUCGAUUCUCAAUGAGUACACAAGCGGCUCCUGCAAAUUCGACUUUUUCACUGGAAAACCCGAGAAAGAUUGUCGAUUCUUCCCUCGCAUGGCGGCAAAUAAGGCUGCUUCUUCUUUGAUGUUUAUGCAGUAUUUAGAUAGUAUCGUGGCUUUCUGCGAUGAUCCGGUAACUGCGCCUAGACACCUCAAGCACAACUUCCUAGCCCCAAACAGACAAAACCGCCUCUGUCAGUACAAGAGUGCAUGGGAAGUGAUGAGAAAACACCCGGACUUCGCUAAACGCAAGAAGCCUCUUCCACGAAACACGGACACUCGGCCUAGAUUUCGCUACGUGCAAGCUCACCCAAGAAAACGUGUCUUAGUGCUGGACACCUCUGGAAGUAUGACCGGCGCCUCACUGAGCGUCAUGAAACAAGCAGCCAGUAACUACAUUCUUAGUUGUAUCGAGACCGGCAGUAGACUCGGUAUCGUCCAGUUCAGCACUAACGCCACGGCUUUGUCUCCACUGACCGAAGUCAAGUCUGAGAAUGAUCGAUUCUCGUUGAUAGAUUCGCUGCCAACAAAUGCUGAUGGCAAGACCAGUAUUGGAUCAGGACUCAAGAAAGGUGUCGAG